AGUAUGGAAGAAUAAGAUCAAGCUAAGAUGCUAAAAGUUGAAGCUGCAGUCACAACAGAGAAGAGUCCGUUUGUUACAGGAAGAAAGAUUACAACAGAUGAUGUGAUCGAGGAACUCUUCAACCGGAGGACCUGGAAAUACACACUUCUCCUGUUAUGUAUGAUAAUUACCUGGACAGCUUGUCCUACAAUGGUCUACCUGACUUUGUUCGCAGGUAUCAACCCAACAUCUGACAACAAGUGGACCUGUAUAUCUAAGGAAUGCAUGGAUCUGGUUGCAAAUAAUUCCUCCCUUCUGUCCCAGUUCCCCUGUAAACUGACAAAAGAAGUCGAUGGAAAAACUGAACUUUUGCUAAUGUCUUCUGACAUCGAAUGGGAAAUGAGUCACUCAUCUUUUGCAGUUGACUUUGAUCUGAACUGUGAUGUUGGGUCAACUAGGGAACUGAAAACUCUGCUGUCGUCCAUUUUCUUUGCAGGAGCAUUGACAGGUCUGAUUGUAGGAGGAUAUCUGUUCGAUCAUAUUGGAAGGAAGAGAUCAGCACUUGUAGGAUAUUUCAUAGCCGUAGUAAUAACGCUGUUGGGCACUUUCUGCCACAAUUACUACUUCCUCCUGGCCAUCAGGUUCUUCCAGGGUAUAGGCUGCUUCCUAAUUGCCACUAGUAUGUACAUUCUUACUUCGGAGCUGCUGCCAGCAAAGUACCGGAAUUAUGCAAAUGGUUGGGCUCAAUGCCUCUGGGCUCUGGGAUAUCCUAUUGCUUCUGGAGUUGGUUACUUUGUGAAAGACUGGAACUAUAUGUUCCUUGCAGCUGCCAUUCUACUGUUCGUUUUUAACAUCCAAGUCUUUUUCUGCAUAGAGUCUCCGAGAUAUUACCUAAUGAAGGGGGAUGCCAAGUCUGCCAAAAAGUCCAUAGAGGCUUUAGCAGCUUUGGCAGGAACCAAGUUUGGCUUGGAAAAUACGGAGUUGGUGGAUCUAGGCAAGGCUCAGGAACGAGAGCAGAGCUUCUGGCAACAAGUGGUUGAACUGUGUUCCUACCCAGGUCUCUUGCUGGAGACAUCGAUCUUAAUGUUCCUUUGGUUCUUCCUCGGAAUGUCCUACUACGGCUUUAACUUCGGCUGGGGUUCCAUAGUUCCAAAUAGAUACCUGGGAUACUUGGGGGCUUCAGUUGGCGAGUUGAUAGCUUAUAUAUCUGCAGUGCCGCUGAUAGCUCGUAUUGGUCGAAGAAGAGCUAUGAUGUUGAUGUUUGUUGGGGCUGCUUUAUUUUACUUGAUAGCCAUUCCGGAGGUGAAGCUAGGUAAAAACACCGACUGGACUUUGGAGAGUGUUUCUUGCCUGAUUGGAGUGAUCUUUAUAUCUGGAUGUUUUUCUGGAGUCUAUCUUUGGACUGCAGAGUUGGCUCCUACUUCCCACAGAGGUUUUGUGUUCUGCGUGUCCUCCAGUUCGGCCCGAAUUGGCUCCUUCAUGGGGCCUUACAUCUUCAAUAACUUAAAACACAUCACCCACAAAGCUGUUCCCCUGGGAGGCUUGGCAGUUCUGGCCCUCCUUUGUGCACUUGGGUCGUUCAUUCUAGUGGAAACUGGAGACAAGGAGACAGCACUUACCGGGGAGGACGUUGUUGCUAGAAGGAAGAGUUACAGAUACCGCAUAUGAUGUGAAACUAUUGAACGAAUCAGUGUACGCAUUGAUAUUAACUGCAAACUUUGAAAUACUGUCUGUACUUAAUUGCAGCCUAUACGUUUCAUAAUAAUGUGAGCAGUGAGCUAUGAAUUCUGUUCAGACAAUUGACGUAAACAAUAAUUAGAAUGGAAAAUAAUUGGAAUCAAUUAUCAAACAUUAAAAUUUUAAUCAGUGUUUAUCAUAAUUUUCAAUACAUACACUUUAUACUUUUAUAAUG